AUGUCUGUUCGAAGAGGAGGUGGGCUAAGAGAGCCCGCGAAAAUACGUUUGGGCUCGGCCGACAUGUCGACGAUGCCAAGCAGAAACUCCGAUCUGUCUCUUUCCAGAUCGUCAACGUCCACAUCCAUCGUUACCUCGGUGUCCAGAAGUACGUCCGUCCAAGAGGCCGACUGGCUGAACGACAGUGUUGUGGUCAACCAGCCCCGCAUGAAGAUCGCACUCACGUUAUCGUCUGAAGAAAUCGAUCUGCUGCGAUCGUCAUGGUCCAGAGUCAUUUCGUCAUCAUCAGCGUCCCCAGUCGCAACCAUCUCCCAUGGGACUCCAACGUCUUCUCCCCAGAAAUCCAUCCGCGGCCAUGUUUCCAAGCCAUCGCGUACAAUUAGCAUCGGAUCCAUGAUGCCCACAUCGUCCUUUGCGUCGUCGCUCUUCUGCAUCCAGUUGUACGAGAACUUGAUAGCCAGAGACCCGCAGAUCGAGAAACUGAUUCCCUCCAUUCGCCACCAGGCCUCUGCUUUCGCCGGCGUGAUCAAUGUCGCCAUGUCCACGCUGGAAGACCUGUCAAGAAUGAAUGAAUCCUUGGGAAGUCUUGGAAAAUUGCACUCCCGAAUCCUCGGGAUCGAGCCAGAAUACUUCCAGAUCAUGGGAGAAGUGCUUCUGAAAACAUUCAGAGACCGCUUUGCCAACGACCUCGCGCACGGAUUUUCGAUAAAGACAGAAGAAGCAUGGAUCAAGCUGUACUCUUUCCUUGCCAACUCGAUCAUCCAGGGUGGAAUUGACCCUAUUAUCCAGUAUUCACAACCAGAGAUUGAAAAACCAGUGGAAAGACCACCUGAAACUAUGAGAUCUCCAUCAAGAUCAGAGUCGAUCGAGUCCAAGUCAAGUACCAAAACAAAAGAAUCUCCUGACCUCAUGAAACCUUUUAUUAAAACAAGGAAAUCAAGCAAACACUCAUAUUUAAAUGUGCCAAAAAGAAUCUCCCAUAAGGCAAGCUCCUCCUCGUCCAACAACGACCCCAACUCGGACUGUGUUAUUAUGUGA